CGCAGCGCCGCGGCCGCCGCUGACAGCGCCGCGCUCGCAGCUCCUGCCCGCCGCUCCCGCCGCUCGCCGGCGUCCUCCGGGGCCGGCCCCUCGCCUUUGGGAUUAACUCGCCUGUGGAGACAUGGUCCUAGCCGGAUUAUUUAAAGACACUUGAGCACAGAUUUCCCCCCCAGCAGUCAGCCUGAUUUCUCAAUGGAGCCCCGGAUUCCCCACAACAUCACCGUCGUCCCCAACUCUGCCAUGGUGCAGCCCUUGCUGGACAGUUGGAUCCCCUACGGGCGGCUGCAGCACCCGCUGACCAUCCUGCCCAUCGACCAGAUGAAGACCACCCACAUGGAGAACGACUACACCGACAACCCCAGCGCCUCCCAGCCGCCGGCCCAGAAGCGUCCCCGAGCCCCCCGCGAGCCGGGCUCGACCGGGCAGCACCCGCAGCGCUGCGAGCAGGAUGUCACCCACCCCUGGAUCUCCUUCAGCGGGCGGCCCAGCUCCAUCAGCAGCAGCAGCAGCACAUCCUCAGACCAAAGGCUCCUGGACCACAUGGCCCCGGUGCCCGUGGCGGAGCAGUCGUCCCCCCGCGCCGUUCGCAUCCAGCCCAAGGCCAUCAACUGCAAACCCCUGGACCUGAAGGGCCCCGCGUCUCAGGAGCUGGACAAGCACUUCCUGCUGUGCGAGGCCUGCGGGAAAUGCAAGUGCAAGGAGUGCGCCCUGCCCCGGACCCUGCCCUCGUGCUGGGUGUGCAACCAGGAGUGUCUGUGCUCGGCGCAGAACCUGGUCAACUACUCCACCUGCAUGUGCCUGGUCAAGGGCGUCUUCUACCACUGCACCAACGAGGACGACGAGGGCACGUGCGCCGACCACCCCUGCUCCUGCUCCCACUCCAACUGCUGCGCCCGCUGGUCCUUCAUGAGCGCCCUGUCCCUGGUGCUGCCCUGCCUGCUCUGCUACCUGCCGGCCACCGGCUGCGUCAAGCUGUCCCAGAGAUGCUACGACCAGGUGAGCCGGCCCGGAUGCAGAUGCAAAAACACAAACAGUGUCAUUUGCAAGGCGUUGCCAGAGAGCAAAGGGGCAGAAAAGCCCUUUUAAUAGUUUGGGAGGAUGGAGUUGGGAGGAUGCUCCGCAGAGCAGGGUGGUGUUGGCUCUGUUUAACAACCUGUGUUCUGAGGAGAGCGUCAGCCUCUCGCCUUCGGAGAAAGCAGAAGCAAAUAUUUCCACAGACUGAAGCACUUUGGGUUAUUCAGGGUUUUUGGAACUGGUCGCAGUUUAAAUAGAUGGGGCCAAAGGAGGAAUGUUAGUAAUGCAGAGUGAAGGCUGCAAACCCAUGUACACCGUGAAGUACAGCUGCUGAAAUCUCCCAGCUUGGACGGACGGCUGCUCACCAGGCCUGCACACCACAGGAACCAUUAACUGCUCGCUCGGCAGGCACCGCCUCACAACCAAUCCCCCAUUCCCAGCUGCAAAAAGCUGCUUUGGAUUCAGAUUCAGGGCAGGCUACUUGCUUCCUGUCUCCUUCCAAACCCCAGCUCACUCCCAGCAGCCGUUGAAGGUGAUGGGGGAACUCCCUGCACCCUCCCUCCCUCCU